AUGUUAGCGGUCGGGCAGAUGGAGGCUAACCGGCAGAGUGCUUUCGUCCUGGGCAGCACCCCGCUGGCCGCGCUGCACAACAUGACCGAGAUGAAGACGUCCCUGUUCCCCUACUCGCUGCAGCAGGGCCCGGGGGGCUUCAAGGCGCCUUCGCUGUGCAACCUCAACUCCCACCUCGCCUUAGGAACUCCGCACGGAAUAAGCGACAUCUUGGGGAGACCCAUCACCACGGCCGGGCAGCUGCUGUCCGGCUUCCCGAGGAUAAACGGCCUGACCACCAGCGCAGCGGCAGCCGCGGCCGCAGGGAUGUACUUCAGCCCGGCGGUGUCGAGGUACCCGAAGCCCCUGGCCGAGCUGCCGGGCCGGGCGCCCAUCUUCUGGCCCGGGGUGAUGCAGGGCAACCCCUGGAGGGACCCGCGGCUCCACUGCCCCUCUCAAGCCAGCCUCAUGAUGGACAAGGACGGGAAGAAGAAGCACUCCAGACCCACUUUCUCCGGGCAGCAGAUCUUCGCCCUGGAGAAGACCUUCGAGCAGACCAAGUACCUGGCCGGGCCGGAGAGAGCCCGCCUGGCUUAUUCUUUAGGGAUGACCGAGAGCCAAGUCAAGGUCUGGUUCCAGAACAGGAGAACCAAGUGGCGGAAGAGACACGCUGCGGAGAUGGCCACGGCCAAGAAGAAGCACGACUCCGAGACGGAGAAGAUGAAGGAGAGCUCGGACAACGAGGAGGACGACGAGUACAACAAGCCGCUGGACCCCAACUCGGACGACGAGAAAAUAACGAGACUGUUGAAAAAGCACAAGGCCACCAACCUGGCGCUGAUCAGCCCCUGCAGCAACAGCUCGGACACCUUGUGA